AUGUUUAUUCGUCUUCGAUUACAAGAAAAACGACGACAAAGAUUAAAUCAAGGUCGUCAUCGUGCUUUUAUUGAUCGACAAAUGUUAAUAAUUAUGUUAACAAGUAUUUUUUUAUUUUUCUCAACACAAAUUCCAUUGACUUUAUUUAAUAUUCUUCUGACACCUAUUCUACGAUUUCAACUUUCACUGACUCAAGUAGUUCAAAUGACAUCAAUUUUUAAUUUUAUUGCAGCAAUUAAUUACGCUACGACAUUCUAUGUUCAUUGUUUGACUAGUGGAUUAUUUCGACGAGAAUUUUACAAUACUUUACAUUGUUGUUUAAGAAAUAACAAUAGACGUGUUCAUCCUCGGAUACAAAUCGUGAGUAAUCAAAUAGCUCAAGCACAAAAUGGAUUAACAAGAAUGCGAGAAACAAAAAAUUAA